AUGGCCCCUCAUCCAGUCGUCGAAUACACCUCGGAAGCCUCAUGGGCGAUGAUCGAGGACAAGCUCUCGCACUAUGCGAAGGAGACUCUCGCCAAAGUGGUCAAGUUCCUCGAGGACGAGAUCCUCCCCGCUGCGAAGGUUGCCCAUGCACAACUUCCCGAUGACCCCGUCAAACGAUGGCAAACGGUCAUCCCUGUCGUCACUGAGCUGAAGGCGAAGGCGAAGAAGUUGGGCCUUUGGAACCUUUUCUUGAGCAAGGCUCACUACCCCGAGUUCGGCGUCCCCUUGACUAACCUUGAGUACGGGGUUAUUGCUGAGGUUCUCGGCCAUGCUGGACCCAUCGGACCUGAGUCGAUGAACUGCUCUGCGCCGGACACUGGAAACAUGGAGGUGUUGGCUCGCUAUGGCUCUCCCGAACAGCAAAAGAAGUGGCUAAUCCCUCUCCUGAACGGCGAAAUUCGCUCAGCUUUCUCUAUGACUGAAAAGCAUGUCGCCUCCUCCGACGCCAAAAAUAUUCGCACAUCCAUCCGACAGGAAGGGAAUGAGAUCGUCAUCAACGGCCACAAAUGGUGGAUCAGUGGUGCUGGAGACCCACGCACGAAGCUUCACCUCGUCCUGGGCAAGAGCGACCCCAACAACAAGAAUGAGUACAACCAGCAAAGUAUCGUCAUCGUGCCUGCCGAUGCUCCUGGCGUCAAAAUUAUUCGACCCAUGAAGGUUUUCGGUUACGACGACGCGCCGGAGGGCCAUUGCGAGAUCAUCUACGACAAUGUCCGGGUUCCUCUCAGCAAUCUCGUUCUUGGUUGGGGUAAAGGUUUCGAAAUUAUCCAAGGUCGUCUUGGCCCUGGUCGCAUUCACCAUUGCAUGCGUUCCAUCGGUGCUGCUCAGGCAUCGUUGAACCUUAUGCUGCAGCGCGUCACUGACCCGACUCGCAAGACCUUUGGCAAAUAUCUCUAUGAACAUGGAACUGUCGUUGCCGACAUUGCUAAGUCUCGCGCCGACAUUGAAGGUGCACGUCUACUCGUCCUGAGUGCUGCACUCCAGAUUGACAAGUACAAAGCAAAGGGUGCCAUGAAGGAGAUCGGUAUUGCCAAAUUCGUCGUGCCCUCAAUGGCUCUUACUGUCAUUGACCGUGCCAUGCAAUCCUUCGGUGCCGCUGGUCUCUCACAAGACACAGAACUUGCUGCUCGCUGGGCUGGUCUUCGUACUCUCCGUUUGGCUGAUGGGCCUGACGCCGUCCACAUCCAACAAGUUGGACAGAGGGAGCUCAAGCGUGCGCCUGGCCUUGUCAAGAAGGCACAGGAGCUGAAGAGGAAGGAAGAAGCGGUAUUCGCCAAGUAUGGGCUGAAAGCUCAUUUGUAA